AUGACCAACCUUGGUUCUCUCCUCGAUGAAUGGCAUGCAGCCGUUCACAAAGAGUCCGAGCUGAUCGGAAAUGACCAGUUGCUUCUAGCCGCAGCGGCCAAUUACAUGUUGUCCAUGUUGCCCACAGUCACAUAUCCCGUUAAUCAGAUUGCAAGGAAGUUGGACUGGAUCAACAUAGUGGCGUACGACUUCUAUAACCCCGCUCUAGCUAGGAAUAGAAGUGGACCUUUUGCAGCAUUGCAAAGUCCACAAAUCAAUGCAGAAACCCCACCUUGUGGGUAUAACGGCAUCAGUGCUUGGCUUGCAACAACUAUGCCCGCCAAUAAAAUAGUCCUUGGCCUUCCAUUUUAUGAUGGGACCUUACCUUAUAACCAAAUCAAGUAUUUCAUAGAGAAACACCCAGGUCGCAGACAGGAUCACAGUGACAAAUAUGUUGUAGACUAUUUCAGUGCUGGGAAUACUUGGAUUGGUUAUAAUGACAUUCAGAGUAUUAGAGCUAAGGUUGAAUAUACUAGGGGAAAGGGAUUGCUCGGUUACUAUGCAUGGCAUGUGGGCAGCGACAGAGAUGGGACUCUUUCAGGAGCAGGUAUAAAUCAAGGGUUUUACUUUUACCUCAUUCUUAUUGAACUCAAACUCUUCCAAUUUGAAUUUGCUGACACUAGCAACGGCACCAGCCCCGGCAUUAACAACGGCACCGCAGCCGUCAACUCCACAGGCACCAGCAAUGGCACCCACACCAGCACUGGCACCGCUACCUCCAUUGCCACCGGCGUCGGCACUGUCACCGGCACCGUCACCAACACCAUCACUAGCACCAACACCAACACCAACACUUUCAUCUGUGUCAACACUUGUCUGGCUCUAGCACUAGCUAGCUCGGUGUGA